CUAACCCUUUAACAUGUUCAUGUUUUUCAUAGUCUUUGCUUCUUGCUACAACACUAUAGAGAGAAAAAAAAAAGAAAAGAAAAGUGAACAAUACACUGUUUUUUACUAAUUAUUUUUUAGAAAAAGAAAAAAGGAAUAUUGUGUGUUUGCUUUUUUUUCUGACUAGUAGUAUUGCUAACUAUGUAUUCCAUUAAGGAUUUGCUGUGAAAAAGCCUGAUAUCAGUAAGCAUAAAACUCGGGAGAUCACUUACACACACACACCCUCGUAAAAAAGAGAAGAGAGAUUUACUGUUAAACAGAGGUUUUUUUCCAUUUCUUUUUUUUUUCUCAGUGUGUGUGAGAGAGAGAGAUGGUUUUCAUAGGCAAAAACAAAUAGAAAGGAACAAAAUUUAGAGUGAAGAAGAAAGUGUGUGAGAGAAUAAUGGAGGGUGGUUCUAGUGGAAAUACUAGUACAUCUUGUUUAAUGAUGAUGGGAUAUGGAGAUCAUGAGAACAACAACAACAACAAUGGAAAUGGUAAUGGAAAUGGAAAUGGAAAUGUAACAAUUUGUGCUCCUCCAAUGAUGAUGAUGAUGCCUCCUCCUCCUCCUUCUUUAACUAACAAUAACAAUGCAGAAACAAGCAGCAACAACAUCCUUUUUCUUCCUUUCAUGGACAACAACAACAAUAAUCCUCAAGAAGACAACAACUCUUCUUCUUCUUCCAUCAAGUCAAAGAUUAUGGCUCAUCCUCACUACCAUCGUCUCUUGACUGCUUAUCUCAAUUGUCAAAAGAUAGGAGCUCCGCCAGAAGUGGUGGCAAGGCUAGAGGAAAUAUGUGCCACGUCAGCAACAAUGGGCCGUAGCAGUAGUAGUAGUGGUGGUGGAAUCAUUGGAGAAGAUCCUGCACUAGAUCAGUUCAUGGAGGCUUAUUGUGAGAUGCUGACAAAAUAUGAACAAGAACUCUCAAAACCCUUCAAGGAAGCCAUGGUUUUUCUUUCAAGAAUUGAGUGUCAGUUCAAAGCUUUAACUCUUGCACCUAAUUCUUCUCAUGAAUCUGGUGUAGCUUUGGGCGAGGCAAUGGAUAGAAAUGGAUCAUCUGAUGAAGAGGUUGACGUGAAUAACAGUUUCAUCGACCCCCAGGCUGAGGAUAGAGAGCUCAAAGGUCAAUUGUUGCGUAAGUACAGCGGUUACUUGGGAAGCCUUAAGCAGGAGUUCAUGAAGAAGAGGAAGAAAGGCAAGCUGCCUAAGGAAGCAAGGCAACAAUUGGUGGAUUGGUGGCUUAGACAUAUUAAAUGGCCAUAUCCAUCGGAAUCUCAGAAGCUUGCACUAGCUGAAUCAACGGGAUUGGACCAGAAGCAAAUAAACAACUGGUUUAUCAAUCAAAGAAAGAGGCAUUGGAAACCAUCAGAAGAUAUGCAGUUUGUUGUGAUGGAUGCUGCUCAUCCACAUUACUAUAUGGAUAAUGUUCUUGCUAACCAUUUCCCAAUGGAUAUGACACCCUCUCUCCUCUGAAUUAAGAUUUGUCAUUAUUAGUAUCAAGGAUGUUUAAUUAAUUUGCAUAUUACUUGUGUGCAUGUAGUAGUACAAGGUAUUGUGACACAAUCAACUUUUUAUUAGACCAAAUAUAUAAAGUGCUUGUAAUAGAUCUUUCUAUUAUCAUCUUUAAUUAUAGAAUUAAAUAGUUUGUA